AAACCACCAUAAGCCUCUCUCUCUCUCUCUCUCUCUCUCUCUCUCUCUCUUUUUGCCUCGCUGGCACUAUUUGAACCGUUAAUUUUCCAGAAAAAUCAAUAGCAACCCAUCUCCAACGCUAGCGUCCAAAAUUGAUGGACAGAAACACUGCCAAAAUGAUCAAUUUGGGUCCGCAAGAAGUCCAUCUCCAAAAUAUUUUUACGCAAAAAGAAAAAUAUCUUGGCAUCUUUCGUUUCCCACAAGUCAUAUUCGCCGACAUCGUGUCAGGCCCAACAAACUCCUACAUUGGCAUCUCCGCAUCUCAUCGAAGAAUCUCUCUCUAUACAAAUUGUUCACACGGUUUACGUCGAGAUGUCUUGUGGGUAUCUCCGACUGCCAAGAACUAUCGAUCAAACCGUGCCCUUCGUGUCAUUACAUAUAAUUCGACAGUAGUAAUUUGUUGCGGCAUCUCCUGAAGAAACUGAUUGAUCUCCGCCUGGAAUAUCUUAUUAUAUUUUUAUUGUAUAAAGAAGAUAUAGAAGAACCCGAAUAAUCUCAAUCUGGGGCUUCGUUCAAGCCUGGUGGUUCUUCGAUUUCAGAAUAAUAUUUGUGUAUUGGAUUGAUCAGAGGAUGGGUGAGGAUAUCAAAGAAUCUUCUGAAUCGAUGGAGAAUCAUCAGACACGAUCGUUAAAGGAAGGGAAAGGAAAUAGUUUGUGGAAGAAGGUGAAGUACCAGCUGGUUGAAUACCACUCUUUGCCUGGGUAUUUGAGGGACAAUGAGUACAUCGUGGGCCAUUACCGGCCCGAAUGGCCAUUGAAGCAGGUCUUGCUUAGCAUGUUCACCAUUCACAAUGAGACGCUAAAUGUUUGGACGCAUUUGAUUGGGUUCUUCUUCUUCCUUUCCCUGACCAUAUACACUGCAAUGAAGGUUCCAAAGGUUGUAGAUUUGCACUCUCUACAACAUGUUCCUGAUGUGCUGAAAAAGGCCGACCUGCACAAAGUGCAUGCAGAACUCUUGACAUGCCUCCCUUCCUUGCCCAAUAUUUCUGAUCUGCACAGACUUAGGGAGGAGUUGAAGACUACAUUACCUUCAGUGGAUUUGCUUCCAUCACUCUCGGGUUGGAAUGUCAUGGAACUCCUAUAUAAUUGCCUGCCUGAGCGAUUUUCCAGUGGCAACCAUACUGAUGUUUGCGUUUUGCGUAGCAUGAAGGAAGACUUUCUAUAUAUUAUAGCACCCUUGAUGGUGAGACCAAUCACGCGGUGGCCAUUUUUUGCAUUUUUGGGUGGGGCCAUGUUUUGCUUGCUAGCCAGCAGCAUUUGCCACCUGCUCAAUUGCCACUCUGAACGCGUAUCAUACAUCAUGCUCAGGCUUGAUUAUGCUGGAAUUGCUGCCCUUAUAUCUACCUCCUUCUUUCCUCCAGUCUACUACUCCUUCAUGUGCAACCCCUUCUUCUGCAACCUCUACUUGGGAUUUAUAACCCUCUUGGGAAUUGCCACGGUUUUGGUUUCUCUCCUACCGGUCUUUCAAACCCCGAAGUUCCGAGUCAUUCGUGCAUCUCUCUUCUUUGGCAUGGGCUUCAGUGGGAUAGCACCAAUCCUGCACAAGCUUAUCUUGUUCUGGGGCCAACCUGAGGUUCUCCACACAACUGGAUAUGAGUUGCUGAUGGGAGCUUUCUACGGGCUUGGAGCUUUGGUUUAUGCCACAAGGAUUCCUGAACGAUGGAUGCCGGGGAAAUUCGACCUUGCAGGGCAGAGCCACCAACUAUUUCAUGUAUUAGUAGUUGCUGGAGCGUACACUCAUUAUCGUGCAGGGUUGGUUUAUCUCAGGUGGCGUGAUCUUCAAGGCUGUUAAUCUUGAAUCACGAUUAGAUUUAGUGGUUAGUGAGGUCUUGUCUAUUGUAAUUGUCAAAUUAUUGCGGGAGUGGAGGUUCUCUCCAAUAAUCAUUUCUGUAAAUUUACGCAUUCUAACAAAUGUGGAAUUUGAUGGUUUGAUUUUCAUCAGAAUAGGAAAAUUGGAAUGGAGUGAUGCGCACCAAUCAGGGUUGGAUCUGUGUCUCUACCAAUGGUUCUGAAUUUGUAAUUUUGUAUGGAUAAAUAAGUUUGUAAUGGGAUGGUUUGGGCAAAUUUGGUUAGAAUAAAGUGCUGUGGUAAUGGGUUA